AUGGACCCGGCUGCUGAGCCGGCUGCUGAGCCGGAUUCCGAGGCCGACAGCACGGUUUCGACCGUGAGUGCCAUCAGUCGGCACGUUUCGGACUUGCAGCGGGAUCACUGGGCUUUGCUAGAGCAGUUCCGUGCCGCACAGCAGGACAUACAGGUGCUUUCGGAUCGCUGCGAGUAUCUUGAGGGCCGGAUCCGCGUCUUAGAGUCCUUUGAGAAUCGCAUCCGAGCAUUGGAGCCUCCCGCACCCUUGGUUCCCCUUCCAAGCCCACCGCCUCAGCUUGCUGCCGGUGUCAGUUCGGCGAUACAGCAGGCUCCGCAGGAUGCUCUGCCUUCGGCCACUCAGGCCUUUGCUCGGCAGCGGGCUCGUUUUGCUGCACUGAUCCGGUCAGAUGAUUCUGUGCGCUUUGAGGCGUUACGUAAGAUUAAGACCCUGACUUUACUUGAUCCUGCGGCAUCGGAGCUGGGGCGGCUUCUCAUCAGCGAGGCCGCUAUCUUGUCUGACCCUGAGAGACUUCAGAAGUCCUUUGCCGACACGUUCGCUACAAAGAGCACUGCAACAUUGGCCAAACGAGCUUCCUCUUUCUGGAAGUUUGCCGAGUUUUGCUUGAUGUUCGAUUUUGGCUCGCCCUUUCGAGCGAGCGAGGCGGCUGUCUAUGCAUAUAUCCAGGACUUGCAGGCCCACGGAGCUCCCACAUCGGCCAAGGCCUUUCUUGAAAGCUGGAAUUUUCUGUCAGCGCUGCUGGGUUUCGCAAAACUUGCAGGCCAAUCUCCUUUGUCAGGCCGUGUGCGAGGAGCUGCUGCAGCGUUGGCGGCCACCAAGAAACUGGUACUGGCGAACGGAAGACCAUACUUCUGCCGCUUGGGAUCUUUCGUGUACCCCACGAUUUGGGCGCCGCUGUGGAUGGAAGCCCGAGCUGAUGCUGGCCUCGGCCUCAAUCCGUCACUGCCUGCAUUCAGCGAAGCCUCGCAGUCUUGGUUGGAGCGUCGCAUGUCUACUGGAGAGCUUACCAUGUACUUGCGUGAGUUCCUCGUAGCCAGUCACAUCGACAUUCCUUCGGAGUCCCGCAUCAGCAGCCACAGCAUGAAGGCCACCUUUCUCAGCUGGCUAGCCAAAUUCGGAGGAGUUUCUUUGGAGGACCGCCGCAUUGCAGGGCACCAUUUGGACCCUGAUUCCCGGUCCCCUCUGACCUACAGCCGUGACGAGCUGUGCCGCUUGAUGAAGAUUUUCGAGGACAUCCUGAAAGCCAUCCGUUCCGGCCAUUUUAAGCCUGAUGACAGUCGCGUGAUGCGUUUAGCUGUCAUGGUUCAGGCUGAGUCAGGCCCUCAGCUGCAGGAGAAACUCCUCGAGCAGGACCCAUAUGUCUCCGACUCCGAAGCUGGUGCUUCCGACAUCAGCCCCGAGGAUCUGGAGGCCCGAGCCGGUGGAGUCCCCCUGGACGAUGGCUUGAACGCUGCUCAGAUUCCUUCUGUCUACAGCAAGAUGCACAUUUACAGUCGUACAGUGCAUAUACAGGCUGCUGAAGGUGCCAAAUUUUUGUGUGGCCGACCCAUCACCCGCAAUUUUGACGAGCUGGACAAGGCCGUACCGGCCUCUGAUCUGCUUGUUUGUAAGCGGUGCAGCCAAAUCCACCGAGCCAGUUAA